AUGCGAUCACUCGUUUUGGGUUUUGCAAGCCUCUUUGCCUUGCGAACAUGGGCGCUUGCGGAUACAGAUACGGUAACAUGGGGAGGAGACAACACGCGCGCGGGCUAUCAGACGAACCAUAAUAUGGAUCCAAAGGUCGUCGCCAGCUCGGACUUCGACCAGAUCUUCAAGACCUCCCUACUCGGAAACUUUCUCGGUCUGGGCGCCGAGCAGAUCUUUUCAUCUCCUCUGGUUUACACUGGAGAUGAUGGAGUCCAGUAUGUUUAUGUUGCGACGACGCAGAAUAACGUCUACAAAAUCGAUGCGAAGACCGGGGCCAUAGUAACGUCGCGUAACCUUCAUGUACCGUUUCUUCAAGUGGAGCUGGGAAGCUGCGUUGAUAUCAAUCCUUUGAUUGGGAUAACAGCCACAGGAGUUAUCGACCCAGAGACAGGGAUAUGGUACGUCACUGCGAAGACCUACACCGAGGAAUUUCAAGAUGGAAACUUCAGUCCGAAGAGUCCUCCUGGACGGUUGAACGGCAGGUAUUAUCAGCAUGCCAUCCACACGGAAGACCUUGCGGAAGUAGAUGGCUGGCCGGUGGUGGUGGAUGGAACGGUCUUCCGCAACAACCCGAACCGGAUGUUCAUCAGCGGCAAUCAACACUCUCGUCCAGGGGCGCUACUCGUAGGCGACUUUCUAUACACCGGAUAUGCUUCGCAUUGCGUUCUAUAUAAUUACACUGGUGCUAUCAUUGGGUUCAACAAGAAGACUGGAGCCAUCAUCGAAGCAUUCGCCACCGAAGGAGGCCCCGAGCCGAACACGGUCAAAGGAGGUGGCGUUUGGAUGAGUGGUGGCGGCAUUGCUUACGACGGUAAAGGAAGUAUGUACUUUGCCACUGGGAACGGUUACGCAUCCCAGCUGAAGCCUACUGGCAAUUCUGUUCCUGGACGAAACCCUCCAACUGCUCUUGAAGAAGCGGCUGUUAAUGCGAAGAUCAAUGACGAUGGCACAUUAUCGAUCAUCGACUUCUUCAUGCCCGCCGAGAAGGUAGACCUGGAUGGCGGUGACAAGGAUCUGGGGAACACGCCUCUUGAGAUACUUCCAUCGGAUGUCCUUUCAUGCCCGAAUCAUCGGCGGAUUGGUGUUAUCACUGGGAAGUCUGGUAAGACUUACUGGCUUAACUUGGACGAUCUCGGCGGCUAUCAGAUGGGGCCGAACAGCGGCGAUGCUGUCAUUCAAGCCUACCAGAACGAAAAUUCGGUGUACGCAGGAGCAGGUGUGAUGCCACUAGGCGGCGGAUUUGUCUACAUCAGCGUCACGCAGCACGAGACCCAUGUUUUCGCAUUCUCAUGCGAUCCUUCCGGAAACGCGGUAUUUACCAAAGUGACUGACACGCCCGACAAAAACGCGUACAUUCUUGGGACGGGGCAUGGGACUACUACAUCGCUCGAUGGUCAAGAGGGCACUGGAUUAUUGUGGACCUCCGAUGUUCAAGGGCAGGGCUUGCGCAUUUACGACCCAAUACCACCACCUGGCGGCGGACCGCUGAAACUUAUCAAGAAUUUCACCGUUCCUGGCGUUACGAAGUUCUCGCGCCCGGUGUUUGGCGAUGGCAGAGUUUACAUCAGUACCGACCGAGGAUACCUGUACGGAUUUGGGUCACCCACGGAUGCUCCACUCAACUGCUCCUCGCCUUAUGACUUCGGCGCCGUGCCGAUCAACAAUGUGUCCGCUCCUUUGACUGUCACGUGCACAGCGCUCACAGACACGUCAGUAACCGCCGUUGGUCUGACGGAUAACACUACGAACUUCCGUCUUUCGGACAUUCCUUCCCUACCUACGGAGCUCUCGUCUGGCCAAACGUUUAGCUUCACAGCCAUCUGCAGCCCUUCUUCCGUUGGAAAUUUAUCCAGCGAUGUCGCUAUCAAAGUUGUAAACUCCAAAGCUGGUUUCCGCUCAGUUAUCGACGUCACUUUGAAAGCCACGGCGCACUCAUCCGCGCCGGUUCUUGCCGUCGUGCCAAAUACGAUCACGUUCAGUGUCAUUGUGGGGCAGUCCAGUCCGUCACAGUCGUCUCUCUUCUGGAACUUCGGCGAUACUCCCUUGACCUUUGCGAAUAUUAGCUUCUCUGUUGUCUCGGAAAAUGGACCGUGGGUUCAACCCAACGCCACUGAGGAUGGGCAACUCCAAGUAGGCGACUUCCUAUUUACUCAAGUUCCGUCCACAAUUGCACCAGGGAAGUCUGCUCCUAUCAGUGUGAUCUAUUCGCCCAUUUCUCCCGGCAAUGACACUGUCUACGUCAAAGGAUUCUCGGAUGGAGGAACUGCUACCAUACGUAUUCUCGGUGUCUCUGGCACGCAGCCAAAAUGCGUCAUCGAGUUCCAAGCCAUCGACGGAUCCGAAUGGAUUCCAUAUUCGAACAGCACGACCUUCAGCUUCGGCACCGUCUAUGAAGCGCAAACCCGAAAUCUCCUCAUGCGAAUCACAAACGGAGGCGGACCGAACGCCGUAUCCCUCUCGAUCACGGUUUCCAAACCACCCUAUGGCAUCCCCGGAAUCAUCGGCAAGUCCAACAACAUCGACCUCGCAGAAGGAACCUCCAUCGCAACUGGCCAAAGCCAGACAGCAAACUUGUAUUGCUCCGUUCCCAAGUCCCAGGUCAAUGUUCCGAGUUACAAUGGAACAGCGAGUUGGACGCUGAAUACCGGUGAUCCCACUCUCGGCAAGCAAGACAUCCAAUUCUUCUGUUCUGCCGCGGCCGAACAGAUUGGUCCUCUGCUUCCAAAUGGUACAGCCCAAUACGGCUACGUGGGAUGCUUCAAAGAGAAUAAUCCCGGAAGACAGCUCGCGCAGCUCGCUUAUUCAGACACGACAAACAACACGAAUGCACACUGCAUCGAGGCCUGCUACGCGUUGAACUACACCUUCGCCGGUACCCAGUACAGGCAAGAAUGCUGGUGUGGAAACGCAAUCCCUCUCCAGAAAAACGACGACAGCAAUUGCAACUUCGGCUGUUCGGGAAACAACGCGCAGACCUGCGGCGGCGACGGGUAUCUCCACGACACGGCGCACAUCUCGCUCUUCGCAGACUCAACUAAGUUCGACGGGAACACGACGUCGCCUCCGCUGCAGAUUACGCCGAAUGUGGGGCCGUACGGUUUCAUCGGCUGCUAUGCGGAGUCAGGCUCAGGCGGCAAGACGCUGAGUGAAGAGUCGACGACUUCUAAUGGCAUGACGGUGCAGGUUUGCGCGGAGUUCUGCGCUAAGUAUCCUUACUUCGGCUUGGAAUACUCUGAGGAAUGCUGGUGCGGCACGAAGCUUAAUCCCCAGUCCUGCGUCACCGAUUCCAGUCAGUGCAAUAUGCCCUGUAAAGGGUCGAAUAGCCAGUACUGUGGAGCGGGUAGUAGAAUGCAGAUUUACCACAUCAACGAAACCGCAUCGGCGACUACAUCCACGACAUCCAUGACGACCUCUAGCUCCUCUUCAUCCAUCUCGCUCAGCUCAGGUCCCUCCGCGUCGUCGACCACAUCCUCAUCCACCUCCCAUCUUGACACAACGACGGUCCCUUCUUCUACCAUCUCAAUCUCACCCUCUUCCCCAUCAACCAUCCCCCCAUCACCCAGUCCAACCGCCCUAUCCUGCCCCGCCUCCAACGCAACAACAUACACCUCCCCCCGCGGCACACACUACCUCAUCGAAUGCUCCACAGACCACGCAGGUAACUCCCCUACUCCACCCCAUCCCUCCCUCCCCACUCCCCCUCACUAA